GAUCUUAAAGCCAUGAGUAGAGGUGUUUUAUAACAGUCUCCUCCUGGAGUGCAAGUGCCAGUAGGUCCCUCCUGCCUUCCUCAAGCCCCUUCAUCUGACUCUCUGGCUCCCCACCUGUUGCUGUUUUAAUAAACACUCCCCUGCUAAACUUUGCAGCUUGUCCAGAGGCUUUAGCUGUCCUCGGUGGAAACAGAGAAGAAGACAGUCGCAGAGAGAGAGAGGCAAAGAGAGAAACCAUGCGGAGCCUCAUCAUCCUUGCGCUUCUGGCCGUCCUGAUGAUGGCAGCUUUCUGUUACGAGUCUCACGAGAGUAUUGAAUCGCAUGAAUUUACAAGUCCCUUCAUUAACAGAAGGCACGCCAACAUCUUCAUGAGAACUCCACCUGAGAACAGGAGGAACCAAGUUGUGCAGGAAAGGAUCAGAGAGCGCAACAAGACCCCCCAGGAACAGCAGCGGGAGAUUUGCGAAGAUUACAAUCCCUGUGAGCGUUACGCCAUGCGCUAUGGCUAUGCCUCUGCCUACAGGCGCUUCUUUGGGCACAGACGUGGCAAAUAAGAACAUCAAGAAUCGCCGUUCCCAGUGCCUGGAGCCUGGGUUUCCUGUAUCUACAAAGAGUGACAUCUCCAAAAUGUAUUGUUGCUUGUUAACUGUAUGUUAUCCCACCUGCUGCUUCAUUCUUCUGUAGCUAAUGAUUUCUAGAUUCUGUGUUAAUUAGCACAAUGCUGACGUAGUGGUGGUUGGGCAAAGAAGGAUGUGGGUGUUUAUUAUGAAAUAAACUUCUGGUUUGAUACUGUU